AUGGAUCUUAGCAAUGGAUCUGUAGUGACUAAGUUUGUUUUACGAAGUUUUCCUGGAUCAUGGAAGCUUCAGAUUUUCUUCUUGGUGUUAUUUUCCUUGCUCUAUACUGCUACCGUGGUGGGGAACAUUCUCAUUAUGGCCAUAGUGACAUUUAAUUCCACCUUUCAUUCUCCCAUGUAUUUCCUCCUUGGAAAUCUGUCUUUUCUGGACAUGUGUCUCUCCACUGUCACCACACCCAAGAUGAUUGCAGACUUGCUCACUGAACACAAGACCAUCUCCAAAAGGGAUUGCAUGGCCCAAAUGUUCUUUAUGCACUUCUUUGGGGGUGCUGAAAUGACUCUUCUGAUAGCCAUGGCCUUUGAUAGGUAUGUAGCCAUAUGUAAACCCUUGCACUACAGGACAAUCAUGAGCCACAGGGUGCUGAAAGGGUUUGUGAUGCUUUCAUGGAUAAUUGGUUUUGUACACACCGUGAGCCAGAUGGUAUUGACAGUGAAUUUGCCUUUCUGUGGCCAUAAUGUUAUAGACAACAUAUUUUGUGACCUUCCCCUGGUGAUCAAGCUUGCUUGUAUUGAAACUUAUUCCCUGGAAUUAUUUGUCAUUGCUGAAAGUGGGCUGCUCUCAUUUAUCUGUUUCAUCCUCCUGCUUAUCUCCUACACUGUCAUCCUGGUCACUGUACGACAAAGAUCACCUGAAGGACUCUCCAAGGCUCUGUCCACAUUGUCUGCCCACAUCAUUGUGGUCUCUCUGUUCUUUGGACCUUGUAUCUUAAUCUAUGCCUGGCCAUUUAGUAGUUUUGCAGGAAAUAAAGUCCUUUCUGUAUUUUACACUGUUAUCACACCCUUACUGAAUCCUAUUAUUUAUACCCUGAGAAAUAAGAAAAUGCAAGAGGCUAUGAGAAAAUUACAGCCCCAACAUGUUUAG